AACUGAGUAUCUUCAAUAUUGCUUCAUGAGAUUCCAACAUGAUGAACAUCACAGAAGCUACUACAUUUGUUCUCAAGGGACUAACUGACAACACUGAACUUCAGAUCAUUCUCUUUUUCCUCUUUCUAGCAAUUUAUCUUUUUACUCUAAUAGGGAAUGUAGGACUAAUUAUUUUAGUCAUUGGAGAUCCUCAUCUCCACAAUCCCAUGUACUGCUUCCUCAGUGUAUUGUCUUCUGUGGAUGCCUGCUAUUCCUCAGAUAUCACGCCUAAGAUGUUAGUAGGAUUUAUGUCAAAAAACAAAAUCAUUUCACUUCAUGCCUGUGCAACACAGAUGUUCCUUGCUGUUACAUUUGGAACCACAGAAUGCUUUCUUUUAGCAGCAAUGGCAUAUGAUCGAUAUGUAGCCAUUCACAACCCACUUAUGUAUGCAGUGAGCAUGUCUCCUAGAGUCUAUGUGUCACUCAUCAUUGCUUCCUAUGCUGGUGGAAUUAUGCAUGCUGUUAUCCACACAGUAGCCACGUUCAGCCUGUCUUUCUGUCGUUCCAAUGAAGUCAGACAUAUAUUUUGUGAUAUACCUCCCCUGCUUGCUAUUUCCUGCUCUGAAACUUAUGUAAAUGAGCUGCUGCUCUUCUUCUUUGUGAGUUUCAUAGAACUAGUCACCAUCCUGAUCGUUCUGGUCUCCUAUGCUUUUAUCUUGUUGUCAAUUAUUAAGAUGAAUUCAGCUGAAGGGAGGAGGAAAGUGUUCUCUACAUGUGGAGCUCACCUCACUGCUGUGUCCAUUUAUUAUGGCACAAUCCUCUUCAUGUAUGUGAGACCUAGUUCAAACUACUCCUUGGAGCAUGAUAUGAUAGUGUCAACAUUUUACACCAUUGGGAUUCCCAUGCUCAACCCCAUCAUCUACAGUCUGAGGAACAAAGAUGUAAAAGAGGCAAUGAGAAGAGUUUUGAGAAAAAAAUUUCAUAUUAAACAUUAA